AUGAAGAGAUCCCAGGACAAUAAAAAGGACGAGAGCAGAAAGGACAAGGGCACGAAAUCUCCUUCACACAAGGAAAAGCUUACGCCGGAGGAGGUAUGGAAGAACGCGGCAAUUCUUCUGGGCACAAAGAAGAAGGAAACAGCACCGAAAUCGACUCAAAGCACAAGGAAUUUCGACUUUAGCGAUGUCUGCAUGGAGAUCGAGAAAGUAAACAAGGAAAGGAUUCUACAGCAUGGAAAUGGGCACGAGGACAGCGUGAGAAGGUUUUAUGAGGUGGAGACUUCGAAUUCUCUUGUCCACAUCCCGAACUUCCGAGACCUGGAAAAAAAGUAUGUCCCAAGGACCCCGUUAGAGACGCCCAGCUUCUUCCCAAAAACACCAUUGUAUGUGUUUGAAAGCCAAGACAUAUUUAAGAAGUUGGACAUAGACACACUCUUCUUUAUCUUCUACUCGCAGCUCGGAACCAUUCAGCAGUACUAUGCUGCAGUACAGCUAAAGACGUAUUCGUGGAGAUUCCACACAAAGUACUUUACAUGGUUUCAGAGGCUAGACGAGCCGAAGCUGAUAACAGCCGAUUACGAAAGAGGAGACUUUUUAUUUUUUGAUUACGACGUCACGUGGUCCUUCAUGAAGAAAAGCGAUUUCACGUUUGAGUACAAGUAUCUUGAGUGCUCUGAGUGGUAA